CGAAUGAUUUGGUCGUCGUGAAAUUUUGCGGCCAUAUCAAUGAUCGUCCAGCCCUGCAACCAAUGGCAUAAAUCAUACGGUAAUAUAAAGGAGACCCAUCUCCCCAUCUCCACAUCUCCUCAUCUCCUCAUCUCCUCAUCUCCCUAUCCUCAUCCAGCAUCUUCUCGGUCCCAAGUAAACAAGCACAAUGUCGGCCUCAAACCCUCUCAACGUCUAUACCGGCCGCGACUCACUGGUCAAAUACUAUGACCCCGACUUCCAGCCCCCAGUACCGCUCGUCGAGAUUCCAGACAGGUUGAACCCAUUCCGACAAGAUGGUGUGCGGAUAUACGCAAAGAUGAUGAGUUGUCUGCCGGCAAACAACGUCAAGUCGAUGCCGGCACUCAACAUGCUCCAGAAAGGAGUGACGCCACAGACCAAACGGAUAGUGGAAUUCAGCUCGGGUUCGACAGUUAUAUCGAUGGCACUGAUUGCUCGAACGGUCCACGGAAUCGACGAUGUCCACGCCUAUGCCAGCAAUAAGACGAGCGAGCCGAAGUUGAAACUUCUGCGCUUCUUUGGCUUGAACCUUACCCUCUUUGGAGGACCUGCCCAGCCAGACCCAACAGAUAGUCGGGGAGGAAUCUGGAGGGCCAAGACUGCCGCGCAGGGCGACGAUGGGAUUUUGAAUCCUGACCAGUACAAUAGCCCGGAUAACCCAGCCGCACAUGGUCGGUGGACGGCACCUCAAAUCAUGGCCCAGCUUCCACACAUCAAUGUCUUCGCCACUGGGAUGGGAACCUCUGGUACAUUGGCUGGCAUCGGAGCCCACAUCAAAAAAACCAAGCCUUCCGUUACCAUCGUAGGAGUUUGCACAGCCGCAGGCGACCGAGUACCAGGCCCUCGCUCGAAAGCACUCUUGAGCGACAGCUUCGCCUGGAGCGAGAUCAUUGACACCAUCGAGGAAAUCGAAUCUCCGCCCUCGUUCCUUCUCUCGCUGCAAUUGUCUCGCGAAGGACUCAUCUGCGGACCCUCAUCAGGGCUUAACUUGAAGGGUCUCUUGAACUUCCUGGAGAAGCGGAAUGCUGCUGGAAAGCUUAAUGACCUUGCUGGCGAGGAUGGAGAGAUCCACUGUGUUUUCCUGUGCUGUGAUCUGCCGUAUCAACAUAUGGAUGAGUACUACACAAAGCUGGGAGAGGAGCACUUCCCGCCCAUCACCAACAAGAACCUUCACAAAGUUGAUCUGUACCGAUAUGACGGCACCUGGGAGCUCGAGCCGGUCGAUGCCUUUGCACGCCUCUACCAACCAGCCGACACCAGCUACGACAGUGGUAUCUCGGAUUCGGACUCUUCCGACUCAGACCUCGACACCCCAAAGUAUAAAGAGAAAGCACUGAAAGCGCAGCCGGACGUGAUGGUGCUCGAUCUACGUGCCACAGCCGAGUUCAACAAGUGGCAUCUGCCCGACUCCAUCAACCUCCCGCUAUCCUCGUCGCGCAGUGGUACCGAUGCUCCGAGUCCCUUUGACGAUCCGAAGCUACUGGAAGAGCAGUGGCUCGAGUUGGAUAAGAUCUUCAGUCCCGAGGGAACACCGUUUUCAGCUGCGCUCUUGGCGGGUCUCCAGCGCAGGUUUGUCACGCUGGUUUGCAGCGACGGCGAUACGGCAAGGAUCGCAUCGAGCGUUCUAAGGGCGAAAGGAAUUGAGGCGUCGAGUAUAGCCGGGGGAGUGAGGAAGAUGCGGCCAAUGUUUAGAUCUGGUUUGGUUAAGGUAUAGGCCGGUCAAAAAGGUUGCUUGCCGGGGAUUAUUACUUUCUUUUGUUUCUAGAUGAAUAUACCAUGUUUGUUUUCUGAGUAAUCGUCGGGAAUUAGUAGCGAAUAUUUGGUCAUUCCUG